AUGCCGCGGAAGGUUUCGGCCUUCAGACGAGCCGGACCAGCGGCACGCACGGCGGUGGGGCUCGUAGGAAAGAGCAGGAAUAUUGUGCAGGACGCGCAGCGCUGUGGCAGGGGCGUGUCCGCCAUCUUGUCUGAGAAGUGGCGCCUAAACAGCAGCUGUCGCUCCGAGCGGACACCGAGCGGGAAGCGUGAAAUGGCCGUUAAUGGCGGGACUGUUCUCCCCCGUGUGUGUGUGAACGACUUUGACUCGGUUCGGUCCCGCUGUGAACUGGCACUGAGAGCCGCUGUGUCCGUGUGUCGAGCCCGGGCUCCGGAGGAGCAGCUGCAGCUUUGUUGUCCCUCCGUCUGCCUGUCUGUCUGUCCCUCCGUCUGUCUGCCUGUCUGUCCCUCCGUCUGUCCACAGUCUGAUCCUUUAGGACUGAAUGCGGCUCCAGCAGAGGGUGGAGACAGUAACCUUGAUAAUGGUCAGAGGAAGAGGAGGAGCUCGGAGGAGCAGGGGGCGGGGCCUAACAGUGUAAAACGAGUGAAGGUGGAGCCCACUACGCCCAUCUCACCCAGCACCCCCGGGGUCAAACCCUGGAACUCCGCCCCUGAGGACAAACAGGCCACGCCGGCCACGCCCACAACCCCGAGCCCCACCCCUGCUCCAUACAGACCAGCAGUUAUCUACUGGGAUCUGGACGUGCAGACCAACGCCGUCAUCAGAGAGCAGCCGCCCGCCAACCACCUGCCCCCCCACCCAGAGAUCGAGCUGCAGAGGGCGCAGCUGGUCACCAAACUGAGACAACACUACCACGAGCUGUGUCACCAGAGAGAAGGUAUUGAUCCGCCCCGGGAGUCGUUCAACCGAUGGCUGCUGGAGAGGAAAGUGAUUGACAAAGGUCACGACCCCUUACUGCCCAGCGACUGUGACCCAGUUAUCUCCCCGUCCAUGUUCAGAGAGGUCAUGAACGACAUUCCCAUCAGGUUGUCUCGUAUUAAGUACAAAGAGGAGGCUCGGAAGCUGCUGUUCAAAUACGCUGAAGCUGCCAAGAAGAUGAUCGACUCAAGGAAUGCGAGUCCAGAGAGCAGGAAGGUGGUGAAGUGGAACGCUGAGGACACCAUGAGCUGGCUGCGCAGAGAUCACUCCGCCAGCAAGGAGGACUAUAUGGACCGGUUGGAGCACCUCAGACAGCAGUGUGGUCCUCAUGUCACCGCCGUCGCCAAAGACUCUGUGGAAGGAAUCUGCUCCAAAAUCUACCAGCUGUCUGCAGAGUACAGCCGCCGCCUGAGACACACACACCUGAGCCUGAUGCAGGACCCCCCCACAGAGGCGUGCGCGUCCCCCCAGCAGUCACGGCUGGUCUACUGUUACCCGGUGCGUCUGGCGCUCCCCUCGCCGCCGCUCCCUCGAGUGGAGCUGCACUUUGAGAACGACAUGGCCUGUCUGCGCUUCAGAGGAGAGAUGGUCAAGGUCAACAGAGGUCACUUCAGCAAACUGGAGCUGCUGUACAGGUACAGCUGUAUAGACGACCCUCGCUUUGAGAAGUUCCUGUCCAGAGUCUGGUGCCUCCUCAAGAGAUACCAGGUGAUGUUUGGCAGCGGAGCCAAUGAGGGGACGGGUCUGCAGGGGGCGCUGCCGGUGUCAGUGUUCGAGGCCUUGAUCCGACAGUUUGGAGUUUCCUUCGAGUGUUUCGCCUCGCCGCUCAACUGCUACUUCAAACAGUUCUGCUCUGCCUUCCCCGACAUCGACGGCUUCUUUGGAUCCAGAGGGCCCUUCUUGUCUUUCUGUCCCGUCAGUGGCUCGUUUGAAGCCAACCCUCCAUUUUGUGAAGAGUUGAUGGACGCCAUGGUGACGCACUUUGAGGAGCUGUUGGACAAGUCCUCUGAGCCUCUGUCCUUCAUCGUCUUCGUCCCUGAGUGGCGUGACCCUGUGACCCCGGCUCUGACCCGCAUGGAGGGAAGUCGAUUCCUCCGUCACCAGCUGAGUGUCCCCGCUUACGAACACGAGUAUCGCUCUGGGAGCCAGCACAUCUGCAAGAGAGAUGAGAUGUAUUACCGGGCCGUCCACGGUACUGCGGUACUCUUCCUUCAGAACGAUGCUGGUUUUGUGAAGUGGGCGCCGACUCCAGAGCGUGUGGCGGAACUAAUGGCAGCGUACCGCCCUUCCCCCUCCCGCCCCUCCUCCAUGUCCUCCCCCGGACCCGCCCACACCACACCUGGAGACAGAGACUCCACCCCCAAGCCCGCUGAUAGGACGCAGAGUGCUGUGAUGUCACCAGCAGGCCAUGACGAUAACAAUAACAACAACAGUAGCAGCAGCAGCAGUAGCAGUCCACGAGACAAGAUGGCCGCGGUGUAGAGGGGCGGGGCUGGUUGUGUGACCCUCAGCUGUUUAAAGUUUCUCUGUUUUUCAGUGUUAGUUUGUUUGAUCAUCGUCUCGUCUGUUGAGAAUGUCCCUCACCAGCACCUGUAGCACACCCUCAGCUUCUGUCAACAUACCCACAAUGCCGUUCAGCCACAGCCAGCAGGGGGUGAGACCACAGUUAAUCCUUUCUGUUGGCCUUCACCGUCCCUCCUCACAUCGACUCCUCUUAAUUGGUGGAAGCUCUGACAUCACAGCGUUUGGAGCUUCCUUUUCACCUGCAGCUGAUUCAUGUCCAGGUGUGACUGCUCCUGUUGCAUAGCAACAGGCACCACAGCCAAUAAGAAGAGGAGUUGAUCAGCGAGCAGCAACAUUGGAGCUCCAGCAAUAAAAACUUUUCCUUUACCUGUGAUGUCAUCUGUGAUGUCACUGGAGGACUUCUGAUUGGUCCCCACACCGACGGGGCUCGGUGGUUGGUUGACAAGGCAGCUAUCGUUUCUAUUUGACCCGUCUUUCUCUAUUGAGUUGGUCAGGCCCCGCCUCCUCGGGAUGGCCAGGCCAAUCAGUGUGCGUCCUUAAGAGGAGGAACCUGCUCAGUUUGCAGUGUAUCAUGGGAAACUGAGUCUUCUGCAGGCGCUCGCAGUCACGUCAUAUUUACUGGUGGAGGGGGCAGAGCCAGACUGGGACUCAGGACUGGGACUCAGGCCUGGGGCUCAGACUGGGGCUCAGGACUGGGACUCAGACUGGGACUCGGGACCGGGGCUCAGGACUGGGAUUCAGACUGGGACUCGGGACCGAGACUCAGGACAGGGACUGACUGAGACUUGGACUGGGGACUGGGAUUUAGGACUGGGAUUCAGACUAUGACUCAGACUGGGACUCACAUCGGGAUUUAGGGCUGGGAUUCAGACUGGGACUCGGGAGUGGUUUACAGGACUGGGAUUCAGGACUGGGACUCGGGACUGAGACUCAGGACUUGGACUCAGGACUGGGACUCAGGACUGGGACUCAGGACUGGUCGGGGAGGACAGGUGUCUCCUGCGAGGUCCCAUCAGACUUCCUGUGGUGUCAUUGUUAAACAGGAAGUGAUGAGAGGUGACAGGUGUGUUGGGCAGUGGGCGGAGCUUCUUACCAACAUCGUUUUUCGUGUUAAAACUUUUUCUAAACUUUAAAAAAGAAGGAAAAAAACCCGACUUCUCUGAAACUUUUACGUCUUUUUAUGUUUUUUAUUUUUCCAUAAAGUGACUUAAUUGAGUCAAACUCAGUUUGAGUUUCUUUGGUGAACAUGAAGUGGACUCAGUGUCUAGCCGCCUGUCCGCCUGUCUGUCUGUCCUGUGAUUGGCUGAUGAGUGGUCCAAUGGGGCGUGUCUCUGUGUGUAGAUAAUGUACAGUUAAACUGAAAUGAAGUCUGUUGUUAUUUUUUCUUCAUCUGCUGUUUAACGGAUUCAAAAAAGAAAUGUUUGAUUUAAUUUAACCUUUUUUAAGAAGAGAUGUGUUUGAUUCUUCACAUUGUUUGUUUCUGACUAAACCAAAGUGUUAUUAAGAAAAUCUAUAUCUGCUAUGUUUAAAGGUCGAAGUGUGAGCGCCUCCACCCAGCAGGAAACUCCACCUCCUUUUUAUAAUCUGCUCUUUUCAUUAACUCUCUGUUUUUUAUUCUUUCUGUUGUGCAUGACACAUGUUUGUGUUCAUCAGGCCGAGUCUUUGUCGCUGCAUCUUCGUCACUGCAUCUUCGUUGCCAAGUCUUCCUCGCUGUGUCUUUGUCGCCGUGUCACCCGCACUGUUUCCUCAGUUUUUUUAAUUUUCUUUAAAGGAGCAGUCCAACAUUUUGGGAUGUUGUGUUCACAGUUAAUCCGGAGGGGUUCUUCCAGUCUUUAUGCUAAGCUAGGCUAAUGUUGGACUGUCCCUUUAAUGUCAGUGUGAAGCCAGAAUCACUUUGGUGUUCCUGUAAAACUGCGUUCCAGGGACCAAAGAAAACAAACUGAGGGACCUGUCGUUAAAGACGUCUCACAGUUUGGACAGAGCGUGUUUCUGAUAAUUGGACAAACAGUUUUCUGCUCGUUACGUCUCAUCAAAUUAAGAAAAGUCAAGCUGUGAUUUUCAGAGAAUAAAAUCUGGAUCAGUCCAGCACACACAAAGAGCUUAAUUAAAACUGCUCCACCACGUUCGUCUGGAACUUUGUUUCUGAUCCUUGUGAUUUCUGUCCAGGCGUUUUUAAAUCAAGAAAAAAAAAGAUUGCCUGUUGUCAUGGUAACGAGGAGAACCUCAGUGAUUUUAAUAACUACAGAGUUUUGUCUCAGAAUUCCAAAAACAGUUGGAAUGAUUCUUAAGUACAGAGCUGACGUAGCUCCUCCAGACUUCUCAGCUUCCAGCGUCUCAUCACUGAAAACAUUUAACACUCAAGUCAGAGUGAUGCUGCAGAGCAAGUGAUGCAGAGCGAGUGAUGCCGCGGAGUGACGCUGCUGAGCAGCGACGCAGAAUCGGCCAUGUUUGUGGUGGGGUCCUCACAGCUGGAGAAUGUAAAUACAGUCUGUUCUUCAUCCUGCCUGCAGACAAACUGCAGCAUCACUCUCCCAGUAAAAAUAUAUCCAACCAGU